UCAAAAUGUGUUUUCAGCUGUUUUUCUGACACCUCGGUUAAUAGGGACACCCCRUUAAAAAGGACAGUUUGUCCGUCCCAACGGUGUCCUUAUUAACGGGGUUCCACUGUAUUUAAAAUUUCAGCUUGGCGUAUACUGAUUACGAUUGAGUCUAAAUAAUCCACUAAUCUMGAUUAGGAYCACGAGGUCAAGAUUUUUGYCAUCACAGGCAGCAUGCCUAGACGCAUUCUCCACAAGGUCUUCACAUGACUCCUUUGAAUAUCACAUUCCAGUUCCGAGAAAUCUGAAUCAACGUAUGAUUUCUUUUCUGCAUCCCUACGAAAAUGGCUGUAGUCAAAUCGCUCAAAGACAUUACAGACACCUUCGAAGAACAACUGACCUGCUCCCUUUGUCUAGAUGUAUUUACUCAGCCCAAAACUCUCUCCUGUCUUCAUAGUUAUUGUACCAGAUGUAUCGCUCAAUGGUAUCAGAAAAGCGAGAAUCAAGGCGAAUAUCGAAUGGAAUGUCCGAUGUGCAAGACGACSAUAGUUGUGCCAGACGGCGAUCCUUCAAAGCUACCUUCGUCGUUCUACUUGGAUUCUCUUCUGGACUUGCUUCAUGGGAUGAAAAGCAAGGCUAAUGAACCAGUUUUGCCCCAUUGUCUGAGCUGUGAACAACCACGAGUCUUGGUGGGGUUUUGUGCGCAGUGUAAUGGCUUAAUAUGCGAGGAUUGCUUCAACGCCCACCAAUUAUUCAAAGAAAUACAAGAUGAACACCAACCAAUAAAGCUCGAUCAAUUUAAGGAGGAAAAUGUAAACAGUUUCAUCAAAAACCAGAUGCUGUGCAAGUUCCACGAGAAAAAGAAGCUUGAAUACUAUUGUCAAGAGAGAACAUGUAAACUUAGCGUUUGCCAAAAAUGCGCUAUUUUGAAUCAUCAAAACCACCAACUGCAGAGCUUAGAAGAAGCUGGACAGGACUCAAGGAAAUUGAUCAUAGGAGCGAUGAAUCAAGUCGAGCAACGGAAACAAAUCGACGGACAAGAAUUACAACAAUMUAAAGGAAACAYRSAGAGAAUAGAAAGAGAGAUAGCCGUGGCAGAGAGGGAUGUMGAUGAAGUAGUUGAAAUGAUUUGCAACAUGGCUAAAGAACACGGAAUAGCGAUGAAGGAGGAACUGCAGCAGACGCUCCAAGAACUAACAGCUACAAAUCAUGAAGAACAA